AAACCAGGGGACAGUGGGGUUUCUGUUGUUGUCCUGUCUCUCCUGGCGUCCUGCUUCCCUUCAUCCACUCUCUUCUUUUUCUCCUCCUUUCUCUCACGCUCCCGGUGGAGUUGGGACUUUUCCUCGGCAAAGUCCUGCCAGGUCCGCAGCGUCCGUCCAUUUUUUGGGGGGGAGCUCCAACAGAAGCCAGAACCAUGCUGAGAGUUUUGUCGCUGGCGUCAGUAGUCCUCCUGGGAAUAGCACCCCAGGCAUCCCAGGCCAUUACUGUUUACACCAGCUGGGAGCGCCAUGCCCUGGUGGGCUCAGACGUCAGACUGUCCUGCACCUUCUUCUCCUGGCGCUUUGUUUCUGAGGAUGUUUCCUUUACCUGGAGAUACAGAGCAGACGGCUCACGGGACGCCGUCUCUAUCGCCCACUACGCCGGUGGUGAGGCCUACACUGACAACAAAGGCGUGUUCAAGGACAGGGUGGAGUUCGUGGGGAACCCGAAACGUCGUGAUGGCUCCAUCCUGAUCAAAAACUUGGAUUUCAGCGACAACGGCACCUUCACCUGCGACGCCAAGAACCCCCCUGACAUUGUGGGGCGGCCCUCCAGCGUCCGGCUGCUGGUCUUUGAGAACUUACCCAUCCAAGCGGGUGUGAUCACGGGGGCCAUCAUCGGUGUGGUGCUGGGCCUGCUGGUGCUGAUUGUGGUCAUCUACUACCUAAUGAGGUUCCUGGUGGCGCGUCGCGUCUUCAGCCUUAGCGUCAGCAAACAUGGCAAGAAAAAGAAAGAGGGAUCACAGCAGAGACAGGGCCCCGUGCCUCCUGCUGACCCCUCCAAGGUGAAGGCGGCCGCCUCGGAAAAGAAGAAGCAGGAGUCUCGCAAGGAUAAGAAAUAGGAUACGGGGCAGGGCUGGGGCGGGCUGCUCCAGCCCCUGCGCCAGGUACUGGCGGCGAAGGUCCGACCCGACCAGAAACAGCAGCAAACCAUCAUCAAGGGGGCGGAGAGGGAGGGUGGAGGCGGCGGCGAAGAGGGUUCCAGUCGGGUGCUUAUGACCAUUGAGCUGGAGCUGACCCGGCAAAACGGGGAGGAAGGUUCCGGUGGUGAGGCAGGGACCAAGAGGUCGGCGCUGCCGCCGCCGCCGCCGGGCCUCCUCUCCCGUCUUUCCGAAUGGUUCACCUUCAAAUAACAAGAGAGUUAAACCACAAACCUACUUUACAUCCAGCACUACAGCACCUGAGUCUCUGAAUAAAUAUAUUAAAUCAUAUCUGCUCUUGUCACAGAAUGUAGACACUACUACUGUACGUGGGCCCAGAUGUCACGAUAAUCUCUAACACGGGCCCGGCUCCCUGACUGCUUUUGUUAGGUCAUAAGAUAUGCCAUUUGAAGCGAGACCCCGAGACGGCCCGGGCUUGAUAACAAAAUCUAAAAAGGCUGCUCCCUGGCUUUUGCCUCUCUGGCUCCUUUCAUUGUGAUCCUAUCCACUGAAAAAGCUUUUUCUCUCAGUGCGUCCGAUACGCAUCACAAGUCCCUGGCUGCGGGGACAAGCCAAUUUGCUCUUUUUUUCCCUUUUCUUUCCAGAAGCGAUGUGUCAAACUCCAGCUUUCUCUCCUUACGCUGAUUUCUGAUUUUCUCCCACCCCUUGUCCCUUCCCAUUUCUCCCUCCUAUUCCAAUACAUUUCUGGACGUUCUUGUCAAUUCAAAUUACAGAAGUGAUUUAUAUGCUAACCACUCUGUCCUGUUCUUUCUCUUCCUUCCCCUCUUUUUCUUGCUCCUGUAGUUAAAGGUCUGACUUCUCCAUGACUGCCUCCACUCCUCUAGUCUGCUCCCUCUUUUUCUGCCCAGCCUGAUGCAACCCCCAUUUUUUUCCAUUAUCUGUAUUCUCUCAAGACAGCACUGGCUGUAAGAACAGCCCCCCACCCCACCCCGUAUUUCACCGUGCAACAGUGUCAAAUAAUUUUUACGACGCCUCAUCAAAGACGGCGUUUGCGAUCACUGGGCUAACUGUAAAAGUCUUUAAGGCCCAUCUAUGCACAUAACUCGACAGACCAGCCCUCGUGUGUUUAGGAUCUCCCCCCUUCACUUUAAUGUUUACGACUCAAUCACGUCCACGGAGCGGAGCUGCCAGCGCGCACUGGACUUCACGAAGAGGAAGACCAGUAGCCGGAGAGAAAUAUGAUUCCUGCUCUCAGCCGACGCAGAUAGAAGUUCAAGCCCCGGAGCUCGGAGGUGAUUCAAUCCUCUCGCAUUUGAGCUAAUGGAGGUUGUCGCUGUGUCGCUGCCCGGGCUGGAGGGCUGGAGGGGGUUUAUUUCUGGCCUCCAUCAGAGAGCGCAGGCUUACAGUAACAGCUGCACAUUUUCCAACCAAGAGGGGGGGUUGGAGGUGGAGGUGAUUUAUUUAUUUAUUUAUUUAUCUUCCUUCCCGUUUGUGCCUGAGAGAAAAUCCGCGGCCGGCUCAACGGCCAGUGACUGAGGAACUGGGAUGACGUCACGGCCUCCAGCGGCCGGCGGAUGGACGCUCUCAGGAGUUUUACCGGGAAGAGGUGCAGCUCCCGGGUUAUUUUAGGUCCAGUUAAUCCACUCGCACGUUUCUCCUAAUUAUUUUUCGCGUGUGCUGGUAACAUGAUAUCUCUCACCGCCUCCUCCACUUCAUCUCUGCCCCCAUCUUGGGAAUCAUCUCCCCCCAGUUUCGCUGCCUCUGUCCUCAAUGUCUUUGGCUUCCCUUUAUCUCUUCCCUGUCCUGCCGUCUACCGAGUCCGUGCCGCGUUAUUCCCCCACUGAAAAGGUCUAUACACAAUCCAAUCUACUCUUUAAGCCGCUCCUUAUCUGACUGGCAGGCCUACAGCUCAAUGCUUCACUCUAAUCCGUCCUUCCUCCUCUUCUGCGUCUUCGUUACUCUCUUUUCCAAACUCGGAGGCAGGCGUCUCUUCCGCGCCGUCCUCCAUCUUUGCCAGUGAUUGACGAACAACGCCCUCCCGCUUUGCCCUUCAAACACACCGGAGGCGAGACAUCCAACCCCCCCAAGUCUCAGUUCAACAUCUGCAUUCUGUACCUGUUGUCAUUUAGUACCUGCAAACAAACCAUUCAAAAUACUGAAUUAUAUAUGUAAUGUAUUGUAUCGUUUGCAGAUGACUUCAUAUUUCAACCUUUAUGUCAAUGUACUGCAGACUUUAAUGAAAUAUCAACUCUCACUGACAUUUUGCUGUUAUAUAUUAUUUAUUGGAAUCGUAAAAUCUUACAGUAAAAAUCGGAGUAGGCAAAAUGGACUUAAAGUUUUCCCACAAUUUUUUGUGGUAAUAUAGCAAUAAAAGUGACAAUAAGAACUAUUUAUUGAUUUCUUUUACAGUAUUUAUUACAUUUAUUGUAUUGUAAACAAUAAGAUAAAUACACACCCUUUUUUGAGGGACUUGAGUGUCACAGCGAUUAUAGCAAACAUAUGAUGCCUCAAAAACAUUCCUAUUUGUAAUAUGCUUCUUUAGGUCCCUACUCACAUACAGAAAUGUAAUUUAUGUCAAUAAACUGCGAAUCGUCACAGCAAAUAGUCAUAUUUUCAAAUUUAUUGAUCUUUAUUCAGGCUUUCGGUGGAUAAACUGUGGGAAAAAAUAUUAAAGCGAACAAUCCCAACAAAACAAACUAUUUUAAAGCUUCAAACAUCAUUAACUGGAAUUUAUCAUAGUGAUGAAUCCAAAUUAUUAUCAUAAUAAAACAUGGAUUACGAUAAACAAUACAAUAAAUUUCCUCCCUGACAGUGAACUGCUUCAAAUUAUCAGUUGCCAAAGUAGGUGUGAAACGUCCUGGACCAGAUGGGUCCUUUUGGGUCCAUCUGGUACGAAACCACCCAAACUGCAAAGUUACCAAAUGGCAAAGGUACUAAAUGAUCACCAAUCGCUUCCCUUUUGUCCCUGACCCUGCUGUUCCCUCCUUUUUUUGCUGGUUUGAAAGCUAAACACAUUGCAACGCCCCCUUCUGGCCAAGGAGUAGUCCUGCACUCAAGACGUCAAACAGAAACUUCUCUUUCAAGCCAACUCUCUUCUGGUCGCAAAUGUCCGCGUUUUAUGUAUAUGUGUUUCGUGUUACAGUGUUUAAAAAAUAUAUUUGUUAUAAUUCCAAACAAUGUUUACCAAAGCAGGGAAGAAAUGUAAUAGUACUCUAUAGAAUAUGCCGUUAUAUUUCUGGCCUUGUGUGUUAUGGCAGGUACUGUGUGGCUGACUCUUGGGUGAAUUUUGAUGGAAGAAAAUUGAGGUUGUGGUGCAGAGAGUGAGAGCGGAUAGCCUCAGAUUUAUUACUCCACGGCCGGGGAGGAAAGAAAAACCACAGAGGAAGGUGCUUGCUGUGGAAGCAAAGCGUUGCAGGAAGAGACUUAUCUUGCCUGUUAAACCCUGCCAAAAAAUCUGUAUGUAUCACUACAGAUAGUCUGCUCUUCCCCCUAGAGCUUUUCUUUUAAAGGUGCUCCAUCCCAACCCUGAGCCAAAGAUGGAUCGUAAUCUGCGAGCUUGAUAUGCAGGAAAGAUAGUGCAGACUUGAACUUUUCCCUGAAAAUUCAUAACAGAAAUAGCUGGUGUUGAAAUCGCUGUUUCUUAUCCAGUCAAAUGGAUUCAUUAGAAUGUUUUCUUGUUUCAAAGCAAAGCCACACAGAUGCCUGACAUAACAUGAAUAGUAUUUGCAUGCCUUGUAAAAUUAUUUAUAUGCAAUAUAAACUGUUUUAGCUAUAGUCUCUGAUUAACAUUUUGAUUUGAAAUGACUGGAGCUUCUUAUAUUUUUUUCCAGUGCUCAUAAUAAUUUAAGGAUGCUAACAUCUUUUUGACUCUGUAUGUUGUAAAGAGAACACAAGAAUAAAAGCCAUAAGCACAGCUGUUGAGCAGUAAACCCAGCUGAAAAUAUC